CGCGUAAGUCAAGCCACCGAUAACAGUCCGCAUCGAUAGCUCGUCCGGUGGCCUGGCAACCCUGAAGAGUUUAGUAUACCCAACUUACAAUUGCGGCGGCUUCACGCUGAAAAAUAACAAUUAAAGGGUCGCGAAAAGGAGUGGAAAUCGAGAGGCAGGACGCUAUGAAGCGCCCACGCAACCAGUAGCAGAUCUUUGACGUGCUGGGCGGACAAACAGCCGGUUACCUAUGGGAAAGAAAAAACCCAACGCCCGUCACACAGAUGCCGCAACACCUUUGACCACAGACGACUCCAACUGCUCCGGAUCCGGAAAGGCAACAGUCAGUAGCUCCAGUGAUUCCGAUCAGACAGUAGCCAACAGUUCAGCAAACGACGAGGAUAAGGAGCCCGUUUGCAAAAUACGCAUUGUGCCGCUGGAGAAACUGCUGGCCAGUCCCAAAACCAAGGAGAGACCUUCCCGCAGCAGCCAACAGAAUAACAUUACGAUCAACGAUUCCAGUGACGAAGAGCCUCUAACUAAGAUCGUGUUGCCGCCACGCAAAAGUCGCAACAAGAACGCUUCUAUUAUAGAACUAAGCGACAGCGAAGAAGGGUACGAAGACGAGGUGCCAGCACUGGUGGCCAGUUCUUUGCGGAAAGGAGCACAGCAGACCAAUAAAGAGAAAAAUAGCAGGAGGGCGGCCAAGGAAUCGAUCAGUAACCGGCAUAAAGCGCAGGAAGAGGCCACAACAUCCACCAGGGCAGUCAGAACCGUCAACGGCGGACGACGAGGAUCCCUAUCCAGCGAAAGAUCGUCCAAAACCGGCUCCUCUCGAGCAGAAUCACCACUGAGGCCAAAACGCUGUGUCGUGCGCUUAAAGCGAGUUAGUCUGCCCAUAACUAAACCCGCCCAGAAGCCAAAAAAAAUGAGCACGGAUUCGGAAGAGGCGGCCACCACCUCGAAGAAGAGCAGACAAAGGCGCUCCAAAAGCGAAAGUGAGGCUGAUUCAGACUAUGAAGCACCAGCAGCGGAUGAGGGGGAGGAGGAGCAGGAGGAGGAGAGAAAGUCGUCCGAUGAUGAGGAGGAGGCCGAGGAGGGGCCUAACAGCAGCGACAGCGAGGUGAUGCCCCAAAGGAAGCGGCGUCGAAAGAAGAGCGAAUCCGACAAGGGCUCCUCCGACUUUGAGCCCGAGGAGAAGCAGAAAAAGAAGGGUCGCAAGCGCAUCAAGAAGAACUCAAGCGGCGAGAGCGAUGGCGAUGGCGAUGAUGACAAGCAGAAGAACAAGCGCAAGCACAUUCGCAAGAUCAUCAAGACCAAGGACUUGGAUCUGACAACCAAGGAGGCGGCCAAAGAGGAGGAUGACCGAAGGAAGCGUAUCGAGGAUCGUCAGAAGCUCUACAACCGCAUCUUUGUGAAAUCCGAGAGCAUCGAGAUCAAUGAACUGGUGCUAGACUUUGAUGAGGAUUCCAAAAAGGCCCUGUUGCAGGUGGACAAGGGACUGCUGAAGAAGCUGAAGCCCCAUCAGGUGGCUGGCGUGAAGUUUAUGUGGGACGCCUGCUUCGAGACGCUUAAGGAGAGCCAGGAGAAGCCCGGUUCCGGCUGCAUUCUGGCCCAUUGCAUGGGUCUGGGCAAGACCUUGCAGGUGGUUACCUUGUCGCACACGCUGCUGGUCAACACCAGACGAACCGGUGUGGAUCGCGUCCUGAUCAUCUCGCCUCUCAGCACGGUCAACAACUGGGCACGGGAGUUUACCAGCUGGAUGAAGUUCGCCAACCGCAAUGACAUCGAGGUGUACGACAUUUCGCGCUACAAGGACAAGCCAACGCGCAUCUUUAAGCUCAAUGAAUGGUUUAACGAGGGCGGCGUCUGCAUCCUCGGCUACGACAUGUACCGCAUUCUGGCCAACGAGAAGGCCAAGGGUCUGCGCAAAAAGCAGCGUGAGCAGCUCAUGCAGGCCCUGGUUGAUCCCGGCCCGGACCUGGUUGUCUGCGACGAGGGACAUCUGCUCAAGAACGAGAAGACGUCCAUCAGCAAGGCUGUCACCAGAAUGCGCACCAAGCGCCGGAUCGUGCUUACUGGCACCCCACUUCAAAACAAUCUCAGAGAAUAUUACUGCAUGAUCCAGUUCGUUAAGCCGAAUCUGUUGGGCACGUACAAGGAGUACAUGAACCGCUUCGUCAACCCGAUCACCAACGGGCAGUACACCGACUCCACGGAGAGGGAUCUUCGCCUAAUGAAGCACCGCUCACACAUUCUGCACAAGCUGCUGGAGGGCUGCAUCCAGCGGAGGGACUACUCGGUCCUGGCGCCAUAUCUGCCGCCAAAGCACGAGUACGUGGUCUACACGACGUUGUCGGAGUUGCAGCAGAAGCUAUAUGGCUACUACAUGACCACACACCGGGAGCAGAGCGGCGGGGAUGUGGUCGGCAAGGGGGCAAGGCUGUUUCAGGACUUUCAGGAUCUGCGCCGCAUCUGGACGCAUCCGAUGAAUCUGCGGGUGAACAGUGACAACGUGAUUGCCAAACGGUUGCUCAGCAACGACGACUCCGAUAUAGAGGGCUUUAUUUGCGAUGAAACCGACGAGGAUGAGGCUGCCUCCAACUCUUCGGACAGCUGCGAAUCGUUCAAGUCGGAUGCCAGUAUGUCGGGAUUGGCGGCCAGUUCGGGAAAGGUGAAAAAGCGCAAGACUCGCAAUGGUAACGCUGGUGGCGGUGAUAGCGAUUCCGAUCUGGAGCUGCUGAGCGGAUUGGGUGGAGGACCCAGUGUCCAGAAGGAUGACCCUUCGGAGUGGUGGAAACCCUUUGUCGAAGAACGAGAGCUGAACAACGUACACCAUUCCCCAAAGCUACUCAUCCUAUUGCGACUACUGCAGCAGUGCGAGGCCAUUGGUGACAAGCUGCUCGUGUUCUCACAGUCCUUGCAGUCCCUGGACGUCAUCGAGCACUUUCUUUCGCUGGUGGACAGCAACACCAAGAACUACGAGUUCGAAGGCGACGUGGGCGACUUCAAGGGCUGCUGGACGAGCGGCAAGGAUUACUUUCGACUGGACGGCAGCUGCAGCGUGGAACAGCGCGAGGCCAUGUGCAAGCAGUUUAACAACGUAACCAACUUGCGCGCCCGCCUAUUCCUCAUCUCCACCCGGGCCGGUGGACUCGGCAUCAAUCUGGUGGCCGCCAACAGAGUGGUCAUCUUUGAUGUCUCCUGGAAUCCCUCGCACGACACCCAGAGCAUAUUCCGAGUAUAUCGCUUUGGCCAGAUCAAGCCGUGCUACAUUUAUCGUCUGAUUGCAAUGGGCACCAUGGAGCAGAAGGUGUACGAACGCCAAGUGGCCAAGCAGGCUACUGCCAAGCGUGUGAUCGAUGAGCAGCAGAUUUCACGGCACUACAACCAGACGGACCUAAUGGAGUUGUACUCGUACGAGCUGAAACCCAGCACCGAGCGUGAGAUGCCAAUCCUGCCCAAGGAUCGGUUGUUUGCCGAGAUACUCACCGAGCACGACAAACUGAUCUUCAAGUACCACGAGCAUGAUUCGCUGCUGGAGCAGGAGGAGCACGAGAAUCUGACCGAGGAGGAGCGCAAAUCGGCUUGGGCCGAGUACGAGGCGGAGAAGACGCGUACUGUUCAGGCGUCACAGUACAUGAGCUACGAUAGGAAUGCCUUUGGCAACCAGGUGAUGGGCCAGUUCGGCAAUGCCUCCGGCAGCGUGACCUCCAACAAGAUCUUCGGCUUCCGGUCGGACAUACUGCUGCAGUUGCUGAACAUGAAGAUAUCGAAGGAUCAUCAGGAGCUCAACCAGAACCAGGUCAUUCAGCUGGUGCCCACCUAUCUGCAGCAGCUGUACAAUGAGAUGAACAACAGUGAUCCCACCAUGUACAAGGAUCUCCUCAACCUGCACGCAAAUAUUGUCCAUCCCAGCGGGAUGUACAUGAAUCCCCUGCUCUACGCCAACCAGAAUCCCAACGCGGCUGGCUACAACCAGGGCACUGGUGGUCCGCCCAUGGCGGCCGGAUCGGCGCCACAUGGUCCACCCGCAGCACCUGCUCCGGGCUUCGAGCCGGAUAAGGUAUACGAGAUCGACUAAAAUACAAAUACCCGAAUCGAACCAAUGCAGUGGUUACACUCUUUAAUUUAAUCGUAGGUAAUUCGUCGACCUUGUCGAUAUUUCCUUUGGACUAAAGUUACAAAUGUGGUUUAUCCUAUCUAAUUACAAUUACCAAUUACCCAUAACCGAGCGCAUAAGAUUUUACUUUCGUCAACUCAGUUAAGUUCAAAACUGUCCUAAUUCAUGUGUAGACUUACAUUAGAUACAAGUAAAACAACAAAAAGUAAAACGAAA